UCUCCACCCUCAGCCACUAACCACACCUUCUCUCUGUUCGUCAUCUCAGUGAUCUCAGAUUCUCGCUGCCACGAACUACAGAACCCCGGUUCUCGAUUUGGUGAUAGUUCGGAGCUUCCGUGAACUCUAUGGCCGAGGAAGAGGUUGUAGCAGCUGAGGUGAGCCCCGCUGCGCCGUCGGAUCACAAGCGCAAGCUCGAGGACUCGGAGCCCCAAGCCCCUGAACCCACCAAGCCGAGCGCCGACCACGUAACCGAUCUGAAUGCGGACCCUGAUGAUGAUGCACCGGCCGAAGAAGUUGACGUCUCUGACCCCUUAGAUGGACCCGAGGUGAAGCGAGCCCGCAUCGAUGACAAACCCGACGACUCAGCUAAUGAAAAUGGGCACCAAGAGAAAGAAGAGAAAGAUGAUGGGCCCAUUGGAGAGAACAAUGAACAACUUACUGUGGAGGGUUUCCAGUUAGGAGAGGCUCAAAAUCCCAUGGAAGAAGUUCCACAGACAGUGGCUGACGGCAAUGAAGGAUCCUCGGUGGAAAAUCCUGAGACAGGUGACAUUCAACAGCCAUCUGUUGAGGAUUCUUUGAUAGAGACUGCUCAGGAACCAACUAAAGAGGAAAAUCAGCAACCCUCUACAGAGUUUUCAUCUAAAGAGGAAAAUCAGCAACCCUCCACAGAAGUUUCUCAGCAAGAAGAUGUUUCUCAAACUAUGACGCGGAAAAUGGAGGUGCCUAACAACAAGGUUGGCGUUCUUAUUGGCAAGGCUGGGGAUACCAUUCGCUACUUACAGUACAAUUCAGGAGCAAAGAUUCAAAUCACAAGGGAUGCUGAUGCUGAGCCUUAUUCUGCAACAAGGCCUGUGGAAAUAAUAGGAAGCUUGGAGAAUAUAAAUAAGGCCGAGAAGCUUAUAAAUGCUGUCAUUGCAGAGGCUGAAGCCGGGGGCUCUCCUUCCCUUAUAGCCAAGGGUCUCACUACAGCACAGGCUGCUGCAGCUUCUGAACAAAUCCAGAUACAAGUUCCAAAUGAGAAGGUUGGUUUAAUAAUAGGCAAGGGUGGGGAGACCAUUAAAGGUCUGCAGACCAGGACAGGAGCACGCAUCCAGGUAUUGAUACCGCAACACCUUCCAGAAGAAGAUGAAUCUAAAGAAAGGACUGUACGAGUGACUGGUGACAAGAAGCAAAUUGAAAUGGCCAGAGAGUUGAUAAAGGAAGUCAUGAAUCAGCCUGUGAGGCCUUCAUCUUUCUCCGGGGGUUUUAACCAGCAGGCCUAUCGACCCCGUGGAUCUGUUGGUCCAACUCAGUGGGGUCCUCGCCCUUCAGCAUAUGAUUAUCAGCAUCGUGGAUCAUAUCCGCCUCAUAAUUCACAUUACCCACCUCCAGCAUAUGGGAAUUAUCCUCAACAAAUGGGUCCAAGAGGUGGCCAUGUUGCUGGUUGGGAGCAAAGGCAUCCUAGCAUGCGGGGUCCACCCCCACAUAAUGGUGGUUACGAUUACUAUGGUGGACAAGGAGGGCAUUUAUCUGAUGCCUCAGUCUCUGCCCAACCUUCACAUGCUGGCCGUUCUGCUGCUGCUAUGGGUUCAGUUCCGUCCCAUGCAAAUUAUAACUAUGGACAGCCACAGGGUCCGGAUUAUGGACAUUCUGGGCAUGGAUACGAUGAUCCAAGAUAUGAAAAUCAUGCUCCAACACAGCAUCCCUAUGGAGGACAUGGAAGUUCUCAGCCAGUUUAUCCACAGGUAGGCACUCAACUAGGUUAUGCUGCACAACAGCAGUAUGGUAAACCACAAUCAUAUGGCGUGCAAUCACAGGGACCUACUCCCCAGCCGUAUGGUCCUCCCAGGGCUGCUCAACCAGGGGACAUGCCUUAUCAAGGUUCUGCUCCUGCCCAAUUAUAUGGAUCAAAUGCACCCCCUCAACAGCCUUAUCCUUAUGCAUCCAGCGCUCAGGUGCAGCAAACAUAUCCUCCAUAUGGUUCCACACCAGCUGCUGAUGGGUAUAGUCAGCUGCCACCGGCAUCUGGUCCUGUUUAUCCACAGCAGGGAGUGCAGCAAGGUUAUGGUCAGCCUGCUGCACAGCAAGUACCAGGCUAUGCACAAGUGGCUCCUGGUGGGGGUUACGGAUCAUAUGCACCCUCGCAACAAGGUUACCCUGAACAGCCAGCUGCUAACAAUGUAGCUUAUGGUUACCAAGGGCCUCAAGAUCCUGCUGCAUACAGUGGUGGUCCUUCAGCAGCGUAUGGUGGGCAGCCUGGCUAUACGCAAUCGGCACCGACUCAACUAAGUUAUGAUCAGUCUAUCCCACAAUCAGGUGGUUAUGGGGUUGUACCAUCAAGUGCUCCGGCGUCAGCUGCUUAUGGGAAAACUUUGUCACCCCAGCCCGGUUAUGCUCAGUAUGACUCAACGCAAACAUAUGGUGCACCUCGCUGAUCAAGGUAGUGUUUCAUUGAGUUUGGAUGCCGCAUAUUGUAUUAGAUCUCGAAGUAUUAGUUUGUUCAUUUAGGCCUUUCUGACUGUUGAUGGAACUUCGGGCACUGUUUUUCUGAUGUAAUCGUAAUAUUUGCUUGAACUGUGAACUUAACAAAGAAUUGUUAGAAUCU